AUGGGGGAGCAAAUUAUAUACAUUUGCUUAAAUGCUGGUGUGCCUGGAGAUUUGAGUGACAUUGAUGUUGAUGAGCAAGAAGUGACUCAACCAAGUGAACCUGAUGAAAAGGAAAGGACACCUCAACAACUUAGACACUCAGAAAUAAUCCAAAAGCCAAAUCCGGAAUAUGCCAACGAAGUUAUUAUACAAGACAAAGUUAAAGAGCUAGAGACGUAUGGAGAAACAUCACCAAAUACGGCUUGGCAGCAGACAAUGGAGGACAAAAUUAUAGCCUUGGAGAAAAAUCAAAAUUGGGAACUAGUGCCAAGAUCAGGAGAGAUGGAUAUGAAGAAUACUUUCCUGAACAGAGAGUUAAACAGAGAGUUCUACAUGAACCAACCAAAUGCAUUCGAAAAUGAAGUUGGAGUCAUUAGUCAGUAUAUGCAAAGUCCGAAGAAGCCUCAUUUUGAUGCGACUCGACGGACCUUGAGAUAUGUUAAAGGAUAUCACGAUACUCAAAGAUCAAGCACCAGAACAAAGCAUGUGGAGAGGCACUACCAUUCCAUUAGAGAGAAAGUUCUGAAGGAAGAAAACGAGAUGCAGCAGAUCAAGACAGAUGACCAAAUGGCAUUAAGUAAGGCAUGGAGCGAAGCUUGUUCGCAUGAUGGAGGUGGUGUAGUUUUAGUACCAGAUGGGAGGUUUCUAAUUUUUUCGUUGGUGCUUAAAGGUCCAUGCAAAGGAUCCAUUGGUCUACGAAUUAAUGGCGAAUUGUUGGCUCCUAUCGAUCCAAAUUUCGCCAUUGGCCAAAUCUGGCUGAGUAUCUAUGAAGUCGACAACUUAUUUGUCGACGGUUAUGGCAGCUUGAACGGUCGCGGUUCUUUAGCUUGGUCUAUCAAAAAGUUUAACCGUCCAAUUUCUAUGAAACUCUCUAAAAUCAACCAUGCGAGAAUUACGAGUAUAACAUCGUACAAUAGCAAAUUCUUCCAUUUUGGUGUGCAUGGAUGUAAUGAUGUCACGUUUGAUCACAUUAGAACAAUGGCUCCAAAAGAUAGCCCCAACACAGAUGGAAUCCACAUUUCCAAGUCAAGUGGUAUCAAUAUUAUGCAUUCAAGAUUCGACACGGGAGACGAUUGUAUCUCUUUGGGCCCUGGAAGUAGAUUCAUCAACAUAACAAACAUCCAUUGUGGUCCAGGUCACGGAAUCAGCAUCGGCAGCCUUGGAAAAUUCCCAAAUGAGGAAGAUGUCUCUGACGUUUUAGUAAGAGACUCCACAUUUGUUGGUACAGACAACGGUGUGAGGAUCAAAACAUGGUCGUCUUCACAUCCUAGUUUUGUUACAAAGAUUGCUUUUCUCAAUCUCGAAAUGAAGGACGUAAAAAACCCUAUCGUCAUUGAUCAAAAAUAUUGCCUUGGCUGCAACAGAAAUGAAAUGAGUAACUCAAGAGUGAAGAUUGGAGACGUGAGAUAUGAAAAUAUACGGGGGACUUCAGCAACCCAAGCGGCCGUAAAUUUUGAAUGUAGCCAAGUUUUACCAUGCGAAGGCAUAGUGUUGCAAGACAUUAACCUCUCCUUCAAUGGUCGUGGCCAACCAACUUCCAUUUGUCACAAUGUGAAAGGAUCUGCUCUUGGCAAACAACUUCCCUCCUCUUGCCUUUGA